AUGGAGUAUAGUGUAACAAAAGAUGCAGCAUUUUGUCUCUAUUGUUAUUUGUUUCAAGAUGAAAGCAUUAAUCAAGGAGGAGGCGAUGUAUUUUCAACCAUAGGGUUUACAAGUUGGAAUAAGAAUCACAAUCUUGAUGUGCAUAUUGGUAAGCCAAACAGUGUUCAUAAUCAAUCAAGACGAAAUUGUGAAGAUUUAUUGAGACAAAAGCAAUCCAUUCAAAGUGCAUUUGCUAAAAAAUCUUAUCAGGAAAAGUUAGAAUAUCGUACUCGUUUGGAAGAUGCAAUUAAUGUGAUAAGAUAUCUUUUGAAGCAAGGAUUUUCAUUUCGGGGCCAUCGUGAAGAUGUAUCCUCUUCUAAUAGAGGUAAUUAUAUUGAGAUCCUUACUUGGUAUGCGAAGCUAUGUGAUAAUAUUGACAAUGCAUUUAAAAAAGCUCCAAAGAAUAAUCAACUAACUUCUCCACAUAUUCAAAAAGAUAUUAUCAAUGCAUGUAAGAUUGAAACAAUUAAGUGUAUAAUUGAGAAUUUAAAUGAUGAUCACUUUUUCAUCUUAGUUGAUGAAUCUCGUGAUAUUUCAUGUAAGGAGCAAAUGGCUAUUGUCUUACGAUAUGUUGAUAGAAGGGGAAGUGUGAUGAAACGAUUUCUUGGUAUUGUUCAUGUUCGUGAUACUACUGCUUUGUCUUUAAAGAAUGGAAUUAUUGGUUUACUUACUCAACAUUCUUUAAGUCAGUCUUAUAUACGUGGACAAUGUUAUGAUGGAGCAAGUAAUAUGCAAGGUGAUAUAAAUGGGCUAAAAAAAUUGAUGCAACAAGAAAGUAAAGGUGCUCAUUCUAUUCAUUGUUUUGCUCAUCAACUUCAAUUAACUUUUGUUGCGGUUUCUAGAAGAUGUGAUGAAGUGCAAGAACUUUUAUUAUUGGUUUUUGAUAUACUAAAUAUGGUGGGAGCUUCUUUCAAGCGUAGAGAUGAACUUCGCGAAGCUCAAGCAAAAGAAAUUGAAAAGGCAUUACAUAAAGGUGAACUUGAAACUGGUAAGGGCUUGAAUCAAGAAUUAGGUCUUGCUAGAGCAGGUGAUACUCGAUGGGGAUCUCAUUACAAAUCUUUUAACAAUUUUAUCCUCAUGUUUGGUCCUAUCAUUGAUGUACUUGAUGAUAUUGCUACUAAUACUCGUUUUGAAGAGAAAUAUAGGGCAAAAGGAUAUCUUAUAGAAUGUUUAACAUUUGAUGUUGUCUUCAUGUUGCAUUUCAUGCGCAUUGUUUUAGCAAUUACAAAUGAUCUAAAUGUUGCUUUUCAAAAGAAAGAGCAAGACAUUGCAAAUGCCAUCUUACUCAUUGGAGUGGCAAAGAAUUGA